UGCUGCUGUUGAAUUCUUGCUUGGAUGCAUCCCUCCCUACCCCAAUAUCAAGCUUAAGAAACAAAGUAAAGUGUGGUGGGCACAGCCCCCAGAGCAUACACAGAGAUUUCUCUUCAUCAGACCUAUAGGGAACAAGUUGCAAAGAGGCAACCACUUACUGGAGUCUGUGGUUGUAACAGAAAAACAGCUACUAUGCAAGUGCGGGCUGGAAGAUCACUGCAUGACAGAAAACGAAGGCGAGUUAACAAGAUGUGACCGAUCCCAUGGAGAAAACAAUAGAGAAAAACGGCCUCUACUUUGCCUAGUAUCCUGGUGCCGUUCCCAUGUCCAGGUAGCAAUGUGGAUCACGGUUGGUUUGGUGUGCUGCCUAGUGUUUGCGGGGUUGCCUUUGGCUCUCUGUUCUUGCCCUUCCCAAUGUAGCUGUACUUUCCACAGUAUCAACGAAGGAACAAAAGCAAGAGCUGUUCUGUGCAAUGACCCAGAGAUGACACUCACACCGGUAAACUUCCCAGGGGAUACGUUUAAACUCCGAAUAGAAAAGACUGCAAUUCGAAGAGUGCCAGGGGAAUCUUUCCAUUCCCUUCGCAACCUGGAAUUCCUCUGGAUGCCCUAUAACUCUUUGGCCAGUCUCAGUGUGACUAACUUCAGGGGCCUUCGUCGGUUGCAAGAGCUGAGACUGGAUGGGAAUGAUCUGACCUCGUUCCCAUGGGAAGCCGUUCUGAGCAUGCCCCAGCUGAGGUUGCUGGAUCUGCACAACAAUGGACUUGCUUCCAUACCAGCUGAAGCUGCUCAGUACAUCAAGAAUGUCACUUACCUAGAUCUAUCAAGCAAUAAACUGGCGACGCUUCCUCAAGAACUUACUGCAGUCUGGUCUAAUCUACAGGCAGUUCCAUAUUUCCCCAAUGACAAUUCCAAGAUCAUCUUAGGUCUACAGGACAAUCCUUGGACAUGUGACUGCAGUCUCUAUGAAAUGGUUCACUUUCUCAAUUUUCAGUCCCCCAACAUCGCCUUCAUUGAACCAAGACUGAAAUGCUUCAACCCUCGGAGUCUGGCUGGAGUCCUCUUCAGUCAAGUUGAACUAAGAAAGUGCCAGAGCCCUGUUGUGCACACAUCUGUAGCCAAAGUGAAGACCAUACUGGGAAGCACAGUGCUCCUGCGCUGUGGUACCACUGGGGUACCUAUUCCUGAGCUAAGCUGGAGGAGGGCUGAUGGAAAUCCACUCAAUGGAACAGUUCAUCAAGAAAUUUCCAGUGAUGGCAUGAGCUGGUCUAUUUUAGGCUUGCCUGUUGUCUCUUACCUUGAUUCUGGAGAAUAUAUAUGCAAAGCAAAAAACUUUCUUGGAGCAACAGAAGCUUUCAUCUCCCUUAUCAUCACUGAUUCUGAAAGCACAGAUGACCCCAGUGCAAAUUCAAAAGGAACAUGGAACGGAAAGGUGAGCGGGAUGGAAGCAGCAGCUUACAAUGACAAUUUGGUAGCGAGAUACGUCAUUACAACUUCAACGUCCCCUACCUUGGGUGCCAGACCAAUCCGUGCCAAUACAGAAGGGAACUUGGCACUUCGAGAUGAAGCACUUAAUUUGAUCAACAAUCCAAGAAAUCUGUUAGCAAGUCCACCCACUGGCCAACAGGAACCGGAACGUGUGGUAAGGUCUGUCCGAGUAAUAGGAGACACAGAUCAAAGUGUAUCAUUAGCAUGGAAAGCUCCCCAGGCCAAGAAUACAACCGUGUUCAGCAUUCUUUAUGCUAUCUUUGGAGAAAGGGACAUGCGUAGAAUCAACGUGGAACCAGGUAAGACCAAGAUCACCAUCAAUGGUCUGAUGCCGAAGACUAAAUAUAUAGUGUGUGUGUGUGUAAAAGGGCUGAUUCCUAGGAAGGAACAAUGCAUCAUAUUUUCCACGGAUGAAGUUGCCAGUGCUGGCGGAACUCAAAAACUUAUAAACGUGGUGGUCAUCAGUGUGGCCUGUGUCAUUGCUGUCCCUCUGACAUUAGUGGUCUGCUGUGGGGCCUUGAAAAGGCGCUGCAAAAAAUGUUUCACACGGAAACCCAAGGAAAUUCAGGACUCCUAUGUUACCUUUGAAAGCCUGUCUCCAGGAGCCAAAGCAAAAGGAAUGGAAGGAGAAUACCUGACAAGACACACACCUGAUGAGUCUAACAGAUUGCUCUCUGCAAGGUCCAGUGUGGAUUUAGAAGCAAUACCUAAGGCAGAAGGACAGCCGAAUGAGUACUUUUGCUGAUAUUGGCUUGCUAAUGACAAAUAUCCAGCAAAUGAACUUGUUCUUGUAUCCCUAUAUUUGUAAUCACACCUCACAUGAUGUUGGAAACUCACGUCACAGUAUUGGCAAAAGAACAUGGGAAAACUCUGUACAGCUUUACUGAGACUUUUUCCACAAUUCUGAAUUCAGUGAUGUACACUAUUUGAUCUACAGUGGAUUUUUACACUUUGUGCAAUCACUACAUAGAAGUAUGAGGGUAUGAGAGAAGGCAGUUAGAGGAGGGAAUUGUAGGGCAUUGGGAUUGAGCAAACACUAGUUGGAUUCCAACACUCCAUGAAGGAAGUACUUGUGUAACUAAAGACUGUAAGGAGUGGAGGCUGGGUGAGACCAUCUAGAAAGGAACAGAUGAGUCUGAGAGAGAAUUUGAGAGAGAGACUGUAAGGUAGAUAAAGACUGUAACCCUCUGUUAUGUCCUUGUGGAGUUGUGGUCCCUAAAGGUAUAUGUGGGUGCUGUAUACCCUCAGGAAUUUGAGGAGUGGGGAGAGGUAAGCCUAGAUGGGGUGAGUCAUGGGAAUGUCACAAUUUUGACCCCUAAACACCAUAAGAGAUGGCUGUUCCUUUCAGUAAAAUGAAGCCUGUUCAGUGAAUAUGUGUACACUAUAUAAUGAUGUUGGAUGUAUAUUAUGGUAUAUUGCUAUCUAUUCUCAGUCUUUAAAUAAUUUUAAAAAAUUAAAUAACUUAAAAUGGGGUGUGUGCUAAAUUAUCUGUGGUCACACAGAGAAAUGGCUAAUAAUACAAAUAAAAAUAAAGUGAAAUUAAAUUCCUGUCAAGAUUCACAGUCAUCAGGUACUUCUGUAGGGGAAGAAUGGCAGUUCAGUCCCCAAAUAGCAAAGCAAAACCAGUUUGGUGAGAAAGCAGCCAAGCAAGAGGUCUUGACACAGUUCUUUAGUAUUGAAGAACUACAAGGAUUUAUUUAAAGAAAAGGUUACAAACAAAUUUGAAAAAGCCUGCAGCUUAAUUUCAGCUGUAGCUGAAAUGAAGAGAGAGACCAAAACGAACAACCAUCUCUGGAGAGACAAAGUGGUGACUAAUACUGGAAGAACAACGAGGGGAGGAGUCCAGCAGUUUUAUCCAUGACCCUAACACACACACACCAGUGGUCACUAUGAGACAUUGCAGCUGAGAGCUGAUGCUGCCAGGGUCCUAGCACCAACAGUACACUGGGGUUUGAUAAAGCCCAGGUGCCAGGGAGCCUUGGCACCUAGAAAUUGAACCAUGGUGCCUAGACUAGGAUAUUCAGAGGUAGUUAUUUAAUUUUUCUGAUCUGAAACCAAGGAGAGGCUUUUCUGUUGGAGGGGAGGAUUGUAUGGUUCACCAUUCUGUACCCUCUCAGAGAGGGAAAGGAGAAGGAACUUCAUCUCCUGCAGCAACACAUCAGCUGUCUUGUUUAGAGGUUGCAGGUGCAAUUCAUCAUUUUCUCUAGCAGCAGACAUGUUUGUCUAGCAAGACAAGAUCAGCUGCUGCUGGAGCAAGCUAAUCAAUUUCUUUUUUGAAAAUGCAGCAACAAUUGCUGAAUGGAAGAAGCUGAUGCAGGGUUAAGAAACCCUGAUAUGACGCUGCAGCUGCUACUUCUUUCUCCCUAUCUCUCCAAAAUAACACAGUAGGGCAAGAUGGAUGAGGUUUUUAUCUUUGUAUAACAUGAACUUUCCUUUUAUUCAUUGUAACCGAUUGCUCAAGAGAUGCAGCUACCUUCUCUU